UCCCUUGUUGUGGGAUAAAAUGAAAAAAAGAAAGAAAAGGAUCUUGACAACUGCAAAUAGAACAGAGUAGUGGCAACGAGUGUAGUCUGUAUAUUUAUUUCUGAGUUAUCUCCGGCAAUCGCAACUGAGCACAGCAAUUUCCCUCAAACAAUCUGAAAGGAAAUGGAAGGGACGUCGAACGGAGAUGAAUCUAAUUCGUGGGAUGAGCUCUAUAACUUCAAUUUGGUGCCUACCGAGAUAUUUCUCAAGUUCAGGAAAGAGAUUCAAGGGUUCCGCGUUGGCCUUAAUUUAGAGUUGUAUAAUGCUCCCUUGAACGACUACCAUGCAAAACUGGUUUUGAAACCUUUAGCAUUUGAGCGGAAAUGGAAGUUAAUUUAUGAGCCUUUAUACCAAGAUGUGCAGCUUGUUUCUAAGAAAAUUCCCAUAACGAAGUUCCUUAACCUCCAGGUAGGUGUGGGCCAUAGCUUUCAGUUGCAGGCAACAGGUUGGAAAUGGAAGCUUACAACAUCUUUAGGUGGAGACGGUAUAUCCAGGAUUCGAAAUAAAACAUCUCUUGGUUUAUGUCCCGGAGUGGAUUUCCGGUUUGGGUGGAGGGCUGAUUAUGUUCUCCCUGAAAUUACCGGGGGUGUCGGCUCUGAUGAACCAUUGUUUAACAUGAAUUCUGGCCGGUUACAAGCGUCACUUGACAGAGUUGAGGCCAUUUUUACGCAUACUGAUGAAGAAUGAAUCAAAUUGAUCGGAGGUGUGCAUCAUCUGCAAAGUAAACCAGCAGCGGGCUGACCAUGCAAUUUGCUAUUUCAUCUUUAUGUUGUUUGCCCCAACUUUUUUUUUGUUUUAAGAAUACAAUUGGGUGAAUGCUGGCUGCCUUGCAUGGUACAUAUCAGAGCAGGUAGGAAGAUACUUUUUAUCUGGUAGAAGGUUGAUCAUCAAAUGCUGCAUAACUUUAAUUGAGCUAGUGAGCAGAUUGAUUGAUGUUUUGGGUUGUU